AUGUGCCGCUCACAGAGGCCCGAUCACAGCCCCGCCAUAUGGAAAUGGUCCGUCUCUAAAAGUGACGGUUUGAUCAACGCCAAGUCUCCCCCGCUCUCACCUCAGACCAUUGAGCUGUCGGAGUCUUUCCAGAAGAGGCGCCCGCAUGUGUCCCCUGCAAAAGGACAGCCAGCUCUGCGCCUCAUGCCUCGGCCUGUAAAAGUCACUCCUCCCGGCGCCAAGUACAGUCUGAUGACAGUCUGCUGA